UGACUGACUGCAUCAAUAUCGCCUCAGCAGCAGCAGCGGAGCGGUCAGACCGCAGCGUCCAGCUAGCUCCUCUCAACUUUCGACCACAGCCGCUUUAUCUGAUCUCCGUCCCUUUUCUGUAUGAAUGUCAGCUCUGAGACGGGAGGCGGUUACGAGUACGGGGCACCUCCGUUUUUCCAGACGUUAGAGGGCAACUUGUGCGGGGGGAUUAUUGGAGUUCUCGGUUCGUUCUCCGGGGCGAUCCCGCUGCUGGCUGGCUAGCUGAGAGCUAACUUGACGCGCUGACCGCUACACUCAGGUGGUGUGGGAGUACAGGAUGCAGCAGUGGUGAGGGUGCAGCGUGUGAUGUUGGAGGUGGUCGUGUUGCUGAUGAUGGGUUUCUUUGGCGGGGCUCAGUCCUGCACUGAGCAGGAUAACUGUUCCGCCUUGAACAGCUCUAAGGACUGGUGUUACUCGGCCCGCAUCCGCAGCACCGUGCUGCAGGGCCUGCCCUUCGGGGGUGUGCCUACCGUCCUCGCUCUGGACUUUAUGGGUUUUCUGGUUCUGCUCUUUGUGUUCUCUUUCUUGAGGAAAGUUGCGUGGGAUUAUGGGCGUCUGGCGCUGGUCUCAGACGCAGACAGGCAGGAUCAGCGAUACCGGCGCCUGGACGAACUGGAAUAUGUGGCCUCAGCCAUGCAGACGCCGGUCGAUGCCCGCUACGAGCGCCUGACCUCGGUCUCCAGCUCUGUCGACUUCGACCAAAGAGACAGCGGUUUCUGCUCCUGGCUAACGGCCAUCUUCAGGAUAAAAGAUGAUGAGAUCAGGGAGAAAUGUGGCGAGGACGCAGUGCACUACCUCUCCUUUCAGCGCCACAUCAUUGGUCUGCUGGUGGUGGUGGGCGUGCUCUCAGUGGGCAUCAUCCUGCCCGUCAACUUCUCAGGAGACCUGUUAGAUAAUAAUGCCUACAGCUUCGGCCGAACGACAAUAGCCAACUUGAAAUCUGAGAAUAAUCUGCUGUGGCUGCACACUACCUUUGCAUUCCUUUACCUGUUACUGACUGUCUACAGCAUGAGGAGGCACACCUCCAAGAUGCAUUACAAGGAGGACGACUUGGUGAAACGCACUUUAUUCAUAAACGGCAUCAACAGAUACGCAGAAGAGAGCCAGAUAAAGCAGCACUUCGAGCAAGCGUAUGAAAACUGUGUUGUGUUGGAGGCUCGCAUUUGUUACGACGUGGCCAGACUGAUGUAUUUGGACUCUGAAAGGAAAAAGACCGAGCGCAGCAAGAAGUUCUACACUGACCUGUUGGCCAAGGAGCACGUGCCCACGAUGAUCAACCCCAAACCCUGCGGCCACCUCUGCUGCUGCAUCAUCAAGGGCUGUGAGCAGGAGGAGGCGGUGAGCUACUACACUAAGCUGGAGGCCAAGCUGAGGGAGGAGUACAAGAAAGAGAGAGAGAAAGUCAACACUAAACCUUUGGACAUGGCCUUCGUCACCUUCCAGAAUGAAGCCAUGGCUGCAGUUAUUCUGAAGGACUUCAAUGCAUGUCAGUGCCAAGGCUGUCACUGUCGCCGGGAGCCCAAAUCCUCACCGUUCAGCAGCAUCCUCCAAACCUUCAACUGGACGGUCACCUACGCUCCUGACCCGCAGAAUGUUUACUGGGAGCACUUGUCCAUUGGUGGCUUGACUUGGUGGCUCCGCUGCUUCAUCAUCAACUGCUUUCUCUUCAUACUUCUCUUCUUCCUCACUACACCUGCCAUCAUCAUCUCCACCAUGGACAAGUUCAACGUCACAAAGCCUGUGGAGUACCUAAAUAAUCCCAUAAUCACCCAAUUCUUCCCCACCCUGCUGUUGUGGAGCUUCUCGGCCCUGUUACCCACCAUCGUCUACUACUCCGCCUUCUUCGAGGCCCACUGGACACGCUCUGGAGAGAACAGGACCACCAUGCACAAGUGCUACACUUUCCUCAUCUUCAUGGUCCUCCUGCUGCCGUCUCUGGGACUCAGCAGCUUGGAUGUGUUCUUCCGCUGGCUUUUUGACAAGACAUUCCUGGAUAAAGCAACAGUGAGAUUUGAAUGUGUGUUCCUCCCUGACAACGGAGCCUUCUUCGUUAAUUACGUCAUCGCCUCAGCCUUCAUCGGUAAUGCUAUGGACCUGUUACGCAUCCCAGGCCUGCUCAUGUACAUGAUCCGCCUCUGCCUGGCUCGCUCUGCAGCCGAGAGACGCAACGUAAAGAAGCAUCAAGCGUACGAGUUCCAGUUCGGGGCGGCGUACGCCUGGCUGAUGAAUGUCUUCACGGUAGUCAUGACCUACAGCAUCACCUGCCCCAUCAUCGUUCCUUUUGGUCUGAUGUACAUGCUGCUAAAGCACUUGGUGGACAGAUAUAAUAUGUACUACGCUUACCUGCCCUCUAAACUGGACAAGAAGAUCCACUCCGGAGCUGUAAACCAGGUGGUUGCCGCACCAAUUCUGUGCCUCUUCUGGCUGCUUUUCUUCUCCACUGUACGCGCAGGGUUUGUCGCAGCCACCUCACUGUUCACAUUUGUGGUUCUGAUCGUCACCAUCAUAAUCUGCCUCUCUCAUGUCGUGUUUGGGCAUUUUAAGUACUUGAGCGCGCACAAUUACAAGAUUGACACCCAAGACGUGGACGGUGUAGAGAACGGUCAGCCGCCAGGCAUUUCACCACCUGCCAAAUCUGCCAAGUACAUCGCUCAGGUCCUCCAGGAGCAGACCUCAGAGGAGAUGGGCUCGGGCAGCGGCGAGGACGACGGUCAGGGAUCCUCGCAGGACGAGGAGAUCCUCGGCCCGGGCUCGACCGUCAACGAGGCAGAUUUCCAGUCGGGGGAGGACAGCCUCAUCGACAACGAGGUGCACCACUGACCCCUCCAGGAGCGCCGCAUGCGCUGCGCCCAGUGAAUAAAGCUAGCCAGACUAUAUAGCAAACCAAACAGACCAUGCAGAGUUGAAGCUGUGCUCCAGGACCCUUGUGCUAACCUCACAAACCCGGAUACGUUCCUUCCAUCGGGCCUGGAGGGCAGCUAGAAAACACUAACAGACCUGACCAUUUUGUUUCUUACUUGACAUGGAAAAAAGGCCACUCACGCUGUCGCGCACUAACCGAAAACACGAGACUAACCUUCACCAGGGAACCUUGCUUCACUACUGAGUCACGAUCGCCCACACUAAUCAUCCUGCUGGGAGCCACAGGGACGAAGACGGGGGGUCUCUUGCGCUUCAUUACUCCGCAUUAAUGCACUCGACGGUUUUUCUUUUUUGCUUUGAGAGGAAGGAGUCAUGCGAUCCUUUUGAUUGUCGGUUGUUCAUUAUUUAUGCAUUGAACUCUUAUGCAUUAGUCCUGCUGUCUGAAACAGCCGAAGGGUUUUUAAUCAGUAGUAUCUGUAGUAUAAUGGGCUCGGAAACAAACACUGUCGUCUCUCUUUAAAGACGGAAGUUGGGGGUUCACUCGAAACACUCCGAAAUGAUAUUUGGAAAUGCAUGGGUAGGUUUUUUUCUUCUCUGCAAACUCUGUUAUUCCUGACGUUUGAUGAACUGCUUCUCUGUGGCUUCGGCUGUAACCGAACUUAAAUGCUAACUUAAAUGGGCAAGCACCAAGUUCUUCUUUCAUACAGUACAUGAAGCUGAGCCACUAAACAACUGACAACUCUCCUACACUUACACACCAGUCUCACCGAACUGCACAGCGCCACAUCUACAUCUGUAUAUCUACAGAUAUAGAUAUAUUUAUCUGGCAGGCUGCAGAGACGCACUUUCAGUGGGAUUAUUCAGUAUAUUGUACCGACAGGACUGCAUACAGAGUACGUGGUGGGGCUUUUCUCACCUCAUAUACAGAUAUACCUUCAUACCUGAUUGUAACGUGAUGUUAGUUCUUGAAGUUGAUGGACGUUCUCAAAGACAGACUGUACGUUUGUCAGUUCCUUGCACGUUCUAGCAUGAGAUUUGGGUAUUUGACUUCAUUUUGUUUGUUUUUUUUUUUAAAUGAGGAUACCUUUUUGUUAUUCUGUUGCAGAAGCAUGAUUUCUUCAUGAACUUCCUGUUUUUCUUUUGCAUAUUAAGUAAUCAGAACCCCUCCUUUCUCGGAAUCUGUCAUGAAGUUAACGGCUGAAAAUCAGGCCGGUUAUUUAGAUCCAGAUAUUAUUCAGUAACUACAUGGACUUCGGUGCAAACCGCCGGAGUUAUUGUGAAGCUAUAGAAACGUGGACAUUGAGGGGGUUAAAAUAAUGUUGGAAUCUAAACCUGAUUAAUAACUGGACAAUGUUUCCCAUAAAUGGUUGAGUAAGCAAAGCUAAUUUAAAGUCAGCGAAACGUGCAGAACUGAGAUACGUCUGUAUCGUUGUGGACUACAGAUAAACGACCAUGAAAAGAGUAGCGAAAGAACAGUUAAGUGUCUGUGAUAGCAAUAAACAGACCAUUGACCACUUUUUGUAAAUCGUAAUAACGGUUAGUACUACUGUAUUCGUUUUCCCCUUAAUUAGAACUGACCGGUUAGUAAAUCAUUUGGCAUCACUUUAUUUGUAGGGUGGUGUUCAUAGGGCUUCAUGACACCUACAUAAGCUCAUCAUGAUGGCUGACAUGAACAUACUGACACAUUUAUUAACUGACAGGUGUCGUCUGUUAUUUAAUUAAACGCUGCUUUUGUCAGAGUCGACAUAACAGUUGUGUCAGGUGAGCUCGAUUUGUUCAGACUCUGGGUUGAUUCGUGACAUUUUUGGGUGAAAUGCACAAGCAUGUUAUAACAGCUGACUUUGUAGCUUGGUGUAUGUCGCCGUACCACAGAACAUGCUCACUUUCGUCUGUCAUAUGACCCCCAUGAAGGCUGCGUUCACAUUACAAGCCUCGUUGCUCAAUUCCGAUUUUUUUACUCAGAUCUGUUCUUUCUAACCUGAUUGUUCAUUACUGUGAACGAACCUGUGAACCUGUGCGCACAUCCAACUGGGGGAGAGCGACAGCAAAAAAAUCAUGACAUUUAAAGACGUUUUUUCACGAAAAACACAAAAAGUAUUUAAAAGCUGCCAUCAAAACUCUGGUUACAAUGACUUUUACUCAUCAUUUCACAUACUGUACUGCUCUGAAUCCAAAUAAACAGGACUAAUUAGACUUUUUAACAAAACUUUAAGUACUGACGAUAUCCAUGAAAUGCUCGGACAAGCAUAUUCUCAGAAAAACAAAAUCAAAAAGUGUUGUCAUAUUGCCCGCCUCAGUUUCGUUCUGACCGGUCUCAUUAAGGUCCCAUGGCCGUGAAUAAGAUUUGGAUCCGAUCCACAUGAAAGUGGCUCAUAUCGGGCUGGAUUCACAAAACUGUCUUAAGAAAGAAAAUCUACUUAAAUGUGUUUUUUCUUCACUUCAUUCUUAAGAAAAAAGUUACGAGAAAUUGUUAUUCUUCCAAUAACUUCUUAAGAGUCCUCUUGUUUUCGUUUCUUAACUGUUUUCUUAAGAAUAAUUCUAAGAACGAUUGGUAUUCUUGAAAAUAUUGCGUUCUUAAAGGUUGAGUUGACGAGGUGAGCAUCUCAGUUUAUCUCUGCGCUGCCUCUGCUGCUCAUCCUCGUCCGUCACCCCACAGUUAGCAUAUUUUCCAAGGAGGCUUUUUUCCCUGUUGGCUGUUUCUUCCACCAUCAGCUGUAGAUCUUGGUUGACUACAUUUUUUUCAACACUUGGUUUGAUGUUUCCCCCCCAUUUUGCUCCUCUGAGUGGACUAAGCUAAAUAACGGAAAUAACAGUUAAUACAAAAAUGAACUUUGCAUCGUUUAUGGUAGAUGGUAAAAUGCAACAUAGCUGACGUAAGAAAAAAGAUUUUCUAAAGAAAAUAAGAUUAUCUUGAGAGAAUAUUUGAGAACUUUUGUGUUUUUUUGUUUGUUUUUUUUUGAGAAUUGCAUUUAAAAACAUUCUUAUGAACUUCUUAGUGUUUGUCUUAAGAACCUUCGCAAGUUUUUUCUGAAUUUCGGCCCCUGAUCUGUCGCAUUAAGGCAGAAAAAUGGAUUUGGGCCUUUUCAGGCUGGUAAUGUGAACGUGGUGUCAUGACAGUCUAAUAUCAGGCAUAAAGGGUUACCAUUCAUAAGGCUACACGACACCUACAUAAACUUACCAUGACAACUGACAUAACCCUACAUAAUUGUUUAUAGAUGCUUAUUCCUACCAGCAUCGUUCGCUAUAAAAGUUACAUUUCCCAGUUGUGAUCACAGCUAGCUAAAGUAGCCUUUAUGACAGGUGAUGCCUGUUGGAAUAAGCUUUUAUAAACAUUUAUGUAGGGUUAUGUCAGUUGUCAUGCCGAGCUUAUCACUGCUAUUGGAACAAAACCUCUCCAAAUCUCCAAAAAGGUAACUUUACAGGAUGAGGAAAAACGUCUUAACCUUUAAUGGAAGUCAAUGGAGAAGUGCUCUUUUUUGUAAUUUUGGACCAUUUCUGUUGGUCCGUUCAUCUUGAAAUUUUGAAAAAAAGGGCUACCUUUUUCAAAUGAUGUCAAAAAAUGGGAAACGGAAGAUAAAAGGUUUUGUCCCAACAGCAACGUUAUGUAGGUGUCAUGUAGCCUUAUGAACACACCCUACAGUAAAGUGUUACUGAACAUAAAUAUCACCUGACACUGAUGUUAUGUCAACUUGACAUCAAAGCUGGCUCCUAUUGGAACAAGUGUUUAUGAAGGUUUAUGUAGGUUUAUGUAUAAGCAUUAUGUAGCCUUAUGAACACUGCCCUACAGUGAAGUGUUACCAGAUGUUGUAGUUGUCAUUGUAUUCUAAUUGUUUACAGUAAUUACAGUGCAAUGUCUGGACUGCUAUUUUCUGCCACUAAUGUCUUGUAGCUGCGGUCAGUAGCGUGCGAGCCUAUGACUAGACGACAGGAGGCGACGCGGUUAAAAGCUUUUUGCAAUGACACUUUAUUUUAACGUAUUUUAAACUAUGUAAAUUCGCUAAUCUUUCAUUUCCGAAUGGUAAUAACCCUCGUGAUCAUGUUUUUUGCUGCCGUACAGACUCGGGACGCUGUGCGCCGAUUCCCUCAUCAGUUCAAUAGAGUCCUGCAGGACUUCGGUAUCACUGUCUCGCUAAGGAGAGUUAGACACUGUAAGUGGCGAAUGUAGGAAUGCUUUGUAAAUCAGGGCAGAGAUACACGGUCCAGAGAUACGAUGCGGAGGCGGUGCUUUAAGUGCACAUCUCCGUAGGCUGUUUCUGUUUGUUUAAAAGUCUUUUAUUUAUUUCAUUUGUCUGCAGUUCUUCAUGGGAUGGCACAGUUGCUGCUUACACAUUGUUUUUGCCUAAAAAAAGGAGCUGUUUGAACUGUUUAAUGUGUAAAUACUCACUACACUGAUCUCAUGAGGACUAAACUGUGUUAUUUAAGUACAUCAAGCUCAAACUGUAAACAUGUACACUCAACCAAGGUAUGUUUCUUUUCCUGCAACACUAAACGAUCCAUUUCGGUCCUUCUCACAGCUGUGGAAUGAUAACAGUGCUACUCUGUGUUAAACGUUUUUGUAUCUCGACUUUCCCUGCCUCUGGAAAAGACUUUUUGUAUAAUGUCGUCCUCCGAAUCUUCCAUUCCUUUGAACAAUAAAAUUAGCAUUUACUGCUGAAAUCUG